UGUGAACACUUGACACACAUAUACUGUAUUAUACUGUAUAUGAGUGAAGGCGUUGUCAAUGAAUGCUAUGACAGACAAUAUGAUGACUGACUGGUGUUAACACUUGUUUGACUAAACAACUAAUCGCUUAUAUAUUAGUGAUCAUCACUUCAACCACAGGUAACCACUCGUCAGUCAAUUGUUUUGAUUUUUUUUACAUAACUUGUGACACAUCGACACACAUCUAAGUCGUCGUUAACCACAAUAUUAUAUGAUAUAAUGGCCACAAACUGGUUCCUCAGAAACAAAAAAGAAAAAAUGAAAGAAAAGAAAAAGAAGAGUUCGGACACGAGUUCUUCAAAAGACGAUUCCAGUAGUGUUGACACACAAAACAGCAAUAAUAUUAUUGAUCUUUUAAUGAAUGCUGCGAUGGUUGACAAUAGUGACAAACCAAUGGUCGAUGAAGAAGGAUAUAUAAUUCGUCCCAAUUUGACAUCAAAUGACAAUAACAGUGAUAAUCACUUCUAUUCGAGUUCUGAUUCCGAAGAAGAAGAAGAAAGGCAACAGAAGAUAAGUAUCAAAAUCAAACCGCUGACCAACGGAGCGCCUAUCAGUGCCAGCAUUGAUGACCUCAUAGCCAGUGCCGGCACUCUUUCUCUUUGGCCAAUAACUCGACAAACGAGGAGAAGACCUGAAGCUUUAACAUUAAGACUUAAGAGUCGUCGUGUCUAUACCUCGAGUACAAGUCCUGCACCGGAGGACAAUAACCAAAUAAAACGAUCGAUUUCUGCAAAUCAUAAUUUAUCAAAAACUGAAAACGAUUUGAUUAGUGUAUUUAGUUCUUCACUUUCCAGUGCCUCAACUCCUUCAGGUGUUGUCAAUCAAAAGCCAAACAAUACGACUAACUCUAACUGCAGUUUUAAUUCAAAUACAACUAUAAAUAGCAAUAAUUGCAAUAAGAGUCCGACCGUUCCUCCAGCAGAUAGAUAUGCAGCUCUAAGUGAACUGUUUACAGAAUCGUUGAGUGAAUCGACACCAGUUAUACCCAAAAGUAUGUCGACUUCAACUAUAUUAGGUCCUCCAUUAGCACCUCUUCCACGGCCAGCGUCUAAACGAAAUCCAAAUACUUCUCCACAAUUGUCACAACAAAGCAGUUAUUCGAGUACUAUAUCCCGGUGUAGAAGUGCCAGCAGCUUAUCCAGUGAUUUCAGAAUGACUCCCAUAUCUAUUGGUUCAUCUCGUGGACCGUCACCAUUAACACUAGGAAUCUCAGAUGUAAUUCCCAUUGCUAUAGCUUUACAAGAAUCUGUUAGCGCCUGUUUUAAGGGCACUGAUGAGUCCAAAUGUCAGGUCAAAGUAAUUGGAUCUCUUAAAAUGGCAUUCCCUCCUGGUAUUAUCAAGGUAUUUGCCAACAAUCCAUAUCCGUCUCCACUAACAUUUCGUCUGAACAAAUCAUCAAAAUUAGAAAAUAUUUAUCCAAACAAAGAAUUAUUGAAUGACAAUGACUUUUUGCGAAACAUAAGCUGUGAUUCGUAUAACUUUGAGGUGAAUAUGACGGCACUGUUAUCUCAUAUUAGGCGACUCUAUGAACAGUCACCAAAUGCCAAAUACUACAACAUAGAUGUUCUUAAAUACCAAACCCGAUGUCUUGAGGGGGCCAGAAGUGCACCGUUACAGUUGGUCUCAUAUUGGAAAUGUGAACCAAAAACAACCAGUUUAAAAGUAGACUAUAAAUACAAUGGGUCUUCACUGACAAAGUUGGAAGCGCUUAGAAAUAUUGGCAUUUGUGUCAAUGUUGACGGACAACCACUUUCCAUGAAAUGCACUCCAGAAGGCAAUUGGAACGCCUCAUUAAGACAAGCCAUGUGGCGCUUCGACCGAUUAUCACUGACCACUAAAAUGGGACCAUUAGAUGGUUUGGGUUCAAUAAAAGCUAAAUUUGAUUUGGCUUCGGGACCGUCCACUCCCAGUGUAAUUCAGGCACAGUUCUCAUGUGUUGACACAACGGUUUCGGGCAUUGACUUUGAAUUGACAGCAAUAGGAUAUCGCAUAUCUCUAGUCAAAAAACAAAUUACUUCCGGUCGGUAUAUAUGUGAGCCAAGCCUUGUUAACACUUGAAUCCAUCAAAAUGGACAAACUUUUGCAAGUGUUUUGGGUCAUAGCAUCACAAGUGAUAUUAUUGUGAAUAUAUUGUUAAACUUCCCAAUUGUG